GGGCUCGGCCAUGCCCUUCGCCAAGCGGACCGUGGAGCCGCAGCGGCUGUGCCGGCGGCAGCCCGCCGCCUCCGUGCUGGAGGAAAGCUGGGGCGCCGAGCCGCCGCCGCGGGACCCGCCGCCGGAGGAGCCGGGGACGGCGGGCGAGGGCGCGGAGGCGGCCGGCGGCGGCGGGGAGAGGGAGGCGGCGGCGGUGCUGAUGGUGCUGGACCUGUGCUCGGUCAGCAACGUGGCCCUGUCGCGGAUCCUCCGGCAGCUCUCCGACGUGGCCCGGCACGCCUGCACCCUCUUCCAGGAGGUCGAGGCUGACAUCCAGGGCACCCACCGCCGCGUCCGGGCGCUGCACGGCCGCAUCGCCGGUCUCCAGGGGGCCGUGCGCGGCCUCGACCCCAAGCAGGAGGCAGUGCCUGUCUCCAACCUGGAUGCAGAGAGCAAACUGAGUGUCUAUUACCGAGCACCUUGGCAUCAGCAAAGAAACAUCUUCCUCCCCUCCACCAGACCACCUUGUGUGGAGGAGCUGCACCACCACGCCAAGCAGCACCUGCGAGCCUUGCGCAGAGAACAUCGAAGCCGAGGUGAUAACAGAGAGCAAAAAGUCCAAGGCCCCAUUGCUGUGGUGGCUCCCCCCUUUCCUCCCUUCCCUGCAAUCCGCAGUCAAAAGAGGCAAGCGAUAAAGGACCGGCACUUCCUACCAUUUAACAGCACCCGUUCGCCCUCCCCAAUUGAGUGUUGCCACAUGACCCCCUGGAGUAGAAAGUCCCAUCCACCAGAGGACGAAGAUACAGAUGUCAUGUUAGGGCAGAGGCCGAAAAAUCCAAUACAUAAUAUCCCUUCUACACUGGAUAAACAAACCAAUUGGAGUAAAGCACUACCUCUCCCAACUCCAGAGGAGAAAAUGAAACAAGAUGCCCAAGUGAUUUCUUCUUGCAUUAUCCCCAUCAAUGUCACUGGAGUUGGUUUUGACAGAGAGGCUAGUAUACGCUGCUCUCUUGUUCAUUCACAAUCUGUACUACAGCGGAGACGAAAGUUGAGGAGGAGGAAAACCAUCUCUGGCAUCCCCAGAAGAGUGCAACAAGAAAUAGAUUCCGAUGAGUCGCCGGUGGCGAGAGAGCGCAAUGUGAUUGUGCACGCGAACCCGGACUUCUCCAGCUCCAGCAGCAGGAGGUCGGGCACCCGGGACUCGGAGUGCCAGACGGAAGAAAUCCUGAUCGCCGCUCCUUCCCGGCGGCGGAUCCGCGCCCAGAGGGGGCAGAGCGUCGUCGCCUCCCUCUCCCACUCCGCCGGCAACAUCUUGGUGCUGGCGGACAACGGGGAUGCCGUCUUCGCUACUGCUGUCAGCAACCGCAUCCGCUCACGCAGCCUUCCUCGUGAAGGUGCCCGGGCCAGCGAGGGCCACCAGGAUGCCACCACCAAGAAUGCAGGGUAUGAGGCAGAGCGCUUCCUAGCCGGCCAAGAGAGGAUCCCGAAAAAGGGGAAGGAGGUCUUGAGCAAGCAGGGUUCACAAGAGUGCCAGCCCAUCGGUUUGACUUGCCCUCAGCACCUGCACAGCCCCGAACACAGCAUCGGAGAGAGGGGGAGGUCGCGGCUGUCAAGGAUGGCUGAUUCGGGCAGCUGCGAGAUUUCGUCCAACUCGGACACUUUCGGGAGCCCCAUUCACUCUAUCUCCACGGCAGGAGUCCUGCUCAGCAGUCACAUGGACCAGAAAGAUGACCACCAGUCCUCCAGUGGCAACUGGAGCGGGAGCAGCUCCACGUGUCCCUCCCAGACGUCCGAAACCAUUCCUCCUGCUGCCUCUCCUCCACUGACGGGCUCUUCACACUGUGACUCCGAGCUGUCUCUCAACACCGCUCCCAACGCCAACGAGGACUCCAGUGUCUUCAUCACGGAGCAGUUUGGUGACCACGCGGACAAGGUCAGGGGCCACAGGGCGAGCUCCUUCACCUCCACCGUGGCGGAUUUACUGGAUGACCCCAACAACAGCAACACGAGCGACAGCGAGUGGAACUACUUGCACCAUCACCACGACGCCUCCUGUCGCCAGGACUUCAGCCCCGAGCGCCCAAAGGCCGACAGCCUGGGAUGCCCCAGCUUCACCAGCAUGGCCACCUACGACAGCUUCCUCGAAAAGAGCCCCUCUGACAAGGCAGACACUAGCUCCCACUUUUCCGUGGAUACCGAAGGAUACUAUACCUCCAUGCACUUUGAUUGCGGUCUCAAGGGUAAUAAAAGCUAUAUUUGCAACUAUGCAGCCGCGGGCUCCGAGAGCGGCCAGACCGGGAGCAUGGCCUCCAGCCUGGCUGACUGCGCCUGGCAGGAGUGCGUGGGCCACAGGAGGCAGGGACGGCAGAGCAUCUCGCUGAAGAAACCAAAGGCCAAGCCAGCCCCACCAAAACGCAGCUCGUCUUUGAGGAAAUCGGAGGGCAGCACCGACCUUCCCGACAAGAAAGAACCAAAGAUCGGCAGCGGGCAGCACGUCUCUCACACCGCCAGGGAGAUGAAGCUGCCCCUGGAGUUUUCAAACACACCUUCCCGAGUGGAAGGUCCCAACCUGCCGGCCAAGCAGGAGCUCCCCUGGUCGAGCCAGGGGGAUGGCGGGUUAAAGGACACUCCCUUCGACACCGCCGAUAUCCCCUCCUUUAAAGAUGAAGGUGCUGAACAACCUCACUAUGCAGACCUCUGGCUUCUGAACGACUUGAAAUCCAGCGAUCCUUACAGGUCCUUGUCCAAUUCAAGCACCGCUACGGGUACUACAGUCAUCGAGUGCAUCAAGUCACCAGAGAGCUCCGAAUCUCAGACGUCCCAGUCUGGGUCCCGAGCCACCACUCCAUCCCUCCCCUCCGUCGAUAACGAGUUUAAGCUGGCCUCCCCCGAGAAGCUGGCAGGGUUAGCCUCCCCCUCCAGCGGGUACUCCAGCCAGUCGGAGACCCCCACCUCUUCUUUUCCCACCGCUUUCUUUUCGGGACCCUUGUCUCCCGGGGGGAGCAAGAGGAAGCCCAAGGUACCCGAGAGGAAGUCCUCGCUGCAGCAGCCGCUCCCCAAGGACGGCACCGCCUCGGUGAGCAAAGACCUCGAGCUUCCCAUUAUACCUCCUACUCACCUCGACCUAAGUGCUCUUCACAACGUCUUGAGCAAGCCCUUCGCUCACAGGCACCAGCUGCACGCCCUCGGCCACGGCAAGCAGAGCGCCGUCGGGGAAGCCCUGCAUCCCAGCCCUCCCUCUGCCCUCGCCAUCACCCCCUCCGUUCUCAAGUCUGUCCACCUGCGGGCCGUCAGCAAGCCUGAAGGAGGGAAGCAGAAAGGCAGCACCCCAGACCUGCUCUGCAUACAGGAGGCCGCCUUGAUGGCCACCGACGUUUCUCCGGGCAAAAUGAGGCCGCUCUUAGCUAAGAAACCAGUGUCGCGCCAGUACUCCACGGAGGAGGCCAUAAUGUCCUACAUGGAUGCUUCCCGGGCAGAAGCGGGGCCCGGGAAGCCACCUUUAGAGAAAAGCUCCUCUUUCAGCGGGCAGAACAGCUGCGAGAGAGAAGCUCUAGCUUCAGCCAGCAUGGGGCUGGUUGAAACCAAACCCGGGAAGGACCAAGCACACCUGGCCGCCGAGCCCUUGCCGGAAAGCGCCCCGAAUCAGACGUGUGCCAUCUCCGUGGAGGGGUUUCAGAAGGGCUCGGCGGACAACGAGGAAGGGAAGAAAGCCAGCCAGGGAGCAGAAACGGAGCAGGACCUUCAGCAAGCGCAGGCUCAGCCUGAGCUCUCGGCCGGCAGCGAGGGGAGGCUGGGAGCCGGACCUGCGGGUGAAAGCCCAGGUCAGGCCGAGGGGGCGGCUGGCAGCCAUCAGCUUAAGCACCAACCCGACCUAAUCCACCACGUGCCUGGGAGCGUCAGCUACGAAGCGGAGAUGAUGGCAGCAGCGAGCUCACCCGGCGGAGCGAGCUGCAAGCAGGAAAACGACGUCGCAUCAGGUAUCCCAACCAAAAGUGCCUCGGAUGACGGCAGGGCAGAGGAGACAGCGGGCGGCGCGGAGGAGCCUUCGCUGAAAGAGUCCUCUCCAAGCGACGACUCCAUCGUGUCUCCGCUGAGCGAGGAGCUGCAGGCUGAUGCUGAGGAUGUCUUUGUGUCUCCAAACAAACCCCGCACUACCGAGGAUCUGUUUGCAGUCAUUCACAGAUCAAAAAGGAAAGUUCUCGGGAGAAAGGAUUCUGGAGACCUUUCUGUAAGAAACAGGUUGAGAGGUUCGUCUGGGACUAGCAGCCAGCCCCCCGCCAGCAGCGCGCUGCCCACCAGCAACGUGCCACCGGCCAGCAGCGUGGGCACUCCCAUAAGCAGUCAGAGGUCCCCCGGGCUCAUAUACAGGAAUGCCAAAAAGUCCAACACAUCCAACGAGGAGUUUAAACUACUGCUCCUUAAGAAGGGCAGCCGGUCCGAUUCCAGCUACAGGAUGUCCGCCACGGAAAUUCUGAAAAGUCCUAUUUUGCCCAAAUCUCCCGGAGAGCUGACGGCGGAUGCCCCGCAAAGCCUAGAGGAGUCUCCCCCCGCGGUGAGCCCCGACGCGUUGUCCCCGCUCUCCCCCUGCUCCCCCAGGGUCAACGCGGAAGGAUUCUCCUCCAAGAGCUUCCCCAUGUCGGCGUCUUCGCGAGUGGGGCGGUCCCGGGCCCCCCCGGCAGCCAGCAGCAGCCGGUACAGCGUGCGGUGCCGGCUGUACAACACCCCCAUGCAGGCCAUCUCCGAAGGGGAGACGGAGAACUCGGACGGCAGCCCCCACGAUGACCGGUCUUCUCAGAGCUCAACGUAGGGGCCGGGCUGCCGAUGCCGCUCGGGCUCUGUAAGGAUGUGAAUAUAAAGAGGCCAACGCUGUAGCAGUCAGGAAAAAAGAAAAAAAAAAGAAAAAAAAAAGAAAAAAAAAAAAAGGAAAGAAAAAAAGAAAAAAAAAAGUGUUUGUGUUUGUAAGACGCUGACGAAACAGAAGGACUACAGCUGUAGCUAUUUAUUAAGUUACAUCUUCUAAAGUAGGGAGAUACACAAUGUCUGCUCUGUUUUCCUUUAGCUUCAUUUGGUUUGUCCCACUCUCAUUUCCGUUGUCACUGUAGAUUUCAAGGCUAUACACUUUCCAUGGAGUUAAAACUGACUUUUGGGUUUGGUUUUUUUUUUUUUUUUCCAGAAGCUGCCCAUCUAGAAACAAACAAAUCCCUCACUGUAGUGCUUCCCUAGGGAAAAAAAAAAAAGAAAAUGCUCUUGAGGAUUGGUAUUUUUCUACACUAAAAUGAGCUGAAACAAAAUUUAGAAGAAAUUAAGAAAACAUAUGUAAAUACCAUAUUUUUGAUAAAAAUUUGUAAAUAGAAUUAUCAAAAAAAGCGGACACGUGGCAAACGAUUUACUGCAUAACAGCUUUGUUUAGAGAAGACAAAAGAAGUCAAAUGUAAUAACUGUAUUCUGUGAAUACCAUUUUCAUAUCAAACACAAAAAGUUCACAUGGCCACCGAUAAACCGCGUUCGGUGCAACAAGCCUGGAGGACGACAUCAUUGAGCAGCGGAAAGGAGGGAUUUUUCCGCCUUUAGGUGAGGAAACGGAAAGGCUGGCUCUGACGGGAUUAAAGUAACCACUUGUCUUUCUAAGGCAGCUCCCGAGAAGCUAACUGGAAAGAGCAGCUGGGAGGGUUACCGUGAGGAUCGGUGGGGAAGGCCAGCGUGCUGCCGGCAGAACAAAAAGUCGUGUCUGAUGCAAAGCCCCAAAGGGUCCCAUCCCACAGCCUCCCCCGGGCCUUGAUUCUAGCAGGGAUCGCUUCAGAGAGAGGAGAGAUGCGAGAAGAAAUAGUGCUUAACUUUCAUAUUCCUAUUAGGCUAUUGGGAUGCAUAACACGGUCAUAACCUGGUAACUAUAAUAAUCUUUCAACACAAUUAGUUUCUGGUUCGUAAAGGAAACGAAUAAAUUAUAAGCAUGCAAGAAGCGCUUUCGAUUUAUCAGUAAAUAUCCGCGACGAGUUUUCAGUGAAGCUUUCUCUUUGUGCUGAUGAGAUUCAUGCUACCUAAAUAUUUACAAAAAUGACACUGUGAAAACGUAGCUGGGAAAUAGGUAUGUGUAUGCAUUAUUUAUAUUCAUUGCUGAGCUGGGAAGGGGAAAGCUCUGGUUCAUCGUGCCAGCCACGUACAGUUGGGAUCUUGUCUGGGUUUACCAGAAACGCAGAACAGGGUGGGGGACUGGGGUGGGGUGGGAAAGGAGACAAAUCAAAGCAGCGGCUUUGAUACAAAUGAAGGCAGGGAAAUAAAAGCUGAAUUACUUGAAGUUACUUGAAUUUUCUCAUCUUAAAACUGCAAGAACGUGUACUUUUAAAACUUAACCCGUGAGUCGCUUUAUACUUUUAAUUUUUAAACAGAAUAAAACCAACAGGCCUGAUUCUCCUUUGGGCUUUGGGUCACCAUGGUUUCCAUCGAUAUGGCCCUGUCCGUGCUACUCGGAGAAGAGGGCCCUCUUUGUCCAAAAUUGAUGCAGUUGGUGUUGGUUGCAGUAAGAUAUGGUUUGGAGUAGAGGAAAAGUUAGUGCAGAGAAAAUAGCGCGAGGAGAAACAUGGUGUGCAGUGGGACAGGUCGAGUAGGAUGGCAGAAAGAGCGUACUUUGAUAGUAAAGAAAUCGACUAAAAGCUGGCUUUAAGCAUAAGUAAAGGAUAGGGAAGCGGGAUGUGUGAAAUGGGUUUUUACUAGGUUUUUUUUUUUUCCUUUUAAUCAUGUAACACAUAAAGCUGAGAGUUUCUAAAAGCGGGCAGAGCAUGUUUUAAAGAGGAAGGUUCUACCUAAAACUGUUACGAUUUUAAAGAGUCUGAGCAAGUCAGAAUGGUUUUAAAAAUCCCCAGUGUUAUUCCCCAUAAGGUUCACGUCUGAUUUCGUCUAGGGCUUACCACAAGAAAUAUAUAAUUCAGGGUUUCCUACCGUCCCCCUGUGUAGCCUGGUUGUGUUUGGUGUGCAAGGUAGAGUCGCUGUGCGUGUGGUACGUGUGUUGGGAAGAGGGGUGGUCCAUCGGCUGAAGGGCUGCAAAUUCAGGAAGUCUGAACAGUCUAAAAGUCUAAAACAGUUUUCAAAAAGUUAAUGGGAGCAACAACAAGGAAACAAAAGGCUAAUCGCAUUAGUAGGUUCGUUAAAAGUCUGAUCACAAGUGAAGUGAAUGAGUGAGAAUGUUUUAAGAGGAAAUGAUUAGUGUGUAACAAACCACUUUCAGGAGAACAUGAGUAAAGGAAGUUUAGAUAUUGGGGAGAAAAUCCUUAGUUUGUCAUCUUCAGUCAUUUUCCUUAAAAAUUUUAGCAGGAGCACUUUUACAAUAGGUUUAAUAGUCCUGAAUUAUCAGUCAAAACUGUAAAGAGAAUACAGCUGAAUUGACUUUGAUGAUAAUCACUUUUCAUUACCAAUCAAUGAUUUCGUGGGGACCAUAAAUAAAUAUAUACACACUAAAAAAAAAUUUUGACUGGAAUGGUGAGGCAAUACAUCAUGUACGAAAUGGCCACAGAACAAUCCCACAAAAAUACAGUCUUUCUUCUUUUGUUUCAUUUCUUAGUUUAUAUCUAGCAGAGUGAAACCCAAAUAAAGACAGAUUCUAAAUCCACUAUGAAGAAAAGAGUUCAUAACAAACGUGAGUGAGAGGAAAACGAGUGGCAGGAACCCCUGUAGCGUUCCAGGUGCCAUCAAGGCACCAGAGGACAAGCUGCAGAGCGAAGGGAGCAUCACUCACCUCUAGAGACAGGGUACAGUACAUGCAUCAGGUAACUGCUGAACCGUCAUUUCAACCUACUGUUCCGUUGUUUGCACUGAUGUUAUGGAACUUAUUUCUGAAGUUAUACAGCUGUGUAUUCUGAAAAACAACAUUUUCCCCCUUUUUUUUUCUUUUUUUUUUUUUUUGUUUUGUUGUGGCAGCAUAGAGGACAUGGAAUAGUUGUAGCAAAUAAAGCAUAUGUUUGCUUUUGCCAAAGGUCAGUGAUUGAGUGCAUUUGCUGCAAUGGUGGCAGAUAGAGAAAUACUGUAGGUUAUGACUUAAAGAAUUUAAAAAAAAAAAAAUUAAGAAGGUUACAGUGUAACUAUUUUGGUACUAGCACCAGUUCAUGCUGGCAGAAAAGACAAUGGUUUAUGGACUUGCAUCCAUUUUGUAUUUUUGUAAUAUUUGUAAAUAUGAACUUUUUAAAUUGUUGCAAAGAUGGUUUCUUUUGUAAAAUGUUUUCAAAGUUUACAUUAAAUCCAAGCCUUUGUAUAUUUUAGAGCUGUGCAACACUUUAAGUCUUGUAUUUAUUUUUAGUAAAAACGGUGACAGUUUCAUUGUGAACCCCUCUCAAAAAAUGUGUCGGAAAAGUUUGAUUACCUAGAAAGUGUGUAUAGAAACUGCAAAUAAACGUGACUGCAAUUAAA